AUGUUAGGGAAGUCCAACAGUGACCAGGGUAUGCCAUUUGCCAAAUGGACUGGGGAGCAAGUGUUGCAUCAUAUGACUGUGAAUGACCUACUGUCCCUAAAGAUUGUGAAUGUGCUGCACCACCUCAGUAUCAAAAGGGCCAUCCAAGUCCUGAGGAUCAAUAACUUUGAGCCAAACUGCCUGCAGAGCUGGCCAUCUGAUGAGAAUGGCAUCACCCCAUCUGAGGUUCAGCAGUGGACCAAUCAUCAUGCAAUGGAAAUGAUGAGCUCUGUGGACUUGCCAGAAUAUGUCCUCAAUCUCAGAGGCAGUGGUGUCCAUGGAGGACUCAUGGUUCUUGAGCUUCAUUUUAAUGUGGAAACUAUGAUUCAGUUAUUGAACGUUCCACCAAAUAAAACCUUGCUGCGUAGACAUUUGGCCACUGAUUUCAGCCUUCUGGUUGGUGAUAAGGCCCAGCACCAGAAGCAAGCUGCCAUCGAGUUACCAGAUGAUAUGCUAACAACUACUGCUAAAAUGAAGCCAAAGAAACUGACCUUUAGCAACUUUGGGACUCUGAAGAAGCAUGAAGUCGGAGAGGAAUAUGUCCAUUCAGUGGUAUUGAAGUCGGGGAGUAAAUUCUAGAAGGGGUUGAGAAUUGGCUCGGACAUGCGCCUGUAUGAAGAGGAUGGUUUGGAUCGGUUAGAGCAGAUAUGGAAUUCAGAUGGGACAGUGAGACAGAUAGGUGCGUUUUCUGAAGGCUUCAAAAAUCUCACACCUAUAUUAAUGAAAGACAACAUGUUUAAAGAUUUUACUGCCCACUCCCCCAGUGCCAGCAUCACAGUUGAAGACUCCAAUGUCUGA